CCAUAGAUCAUCAGAGUUGAUGGUGGUACAUGUGCGUUUGCGUUAACGGCCAUAUUGUCUUGAAUGAAUACUAGAAGUGACUAGGCUAAAGAAGCCAAAAUUAUUAUCUUCCAACAUCUUAUCGUUGCGAAGGAAUCACGUUUCCCGUUCAUAAUGGAGAACAUUUAUGGCAUUGGAGUAGCCAAUAGGUAUGCUCUUUUUUUAGACGAUGAAUCCGAUCCUCUGGAAGCUUUGAAGCAAAAGGAGGAAGAAAGAGAAGCGAAGAAAAAAGUCAAAGUUGCUGAGAAAGAAAAUACUAAAGGCAAAAUAGAAAUUCAACCUAAAGGUAAAACUGGACCGACAGUGAAGAAAACGAAGGAAAUCAUUGGAAAACCAACUGAAAAGCGUGAAGAUUUGAAGUCCAACAUCUCUAAAGGUACUAACAACGAUUUGAAAAAUGAGCGCAAUUUUGAUAAAAAGAACAAUGAAAAUCGCGAGGCUGUGAAUAACAGGAGAAACCGUGAAGAUAAUCGCAAUUUUAGGGGCAACGAUCGUGGUGAAUUCCGUAAGGACCGUGAAGAUAGAAUAAGGACUACUAAUAAUGGUGAGUUUGAGAAUCGUCCCAGAGGUGAAAGAACUGAUCGUGGUGACCGUAAUAAUCGCGAAAGAAAUUUCAAUAAGCCUGGAGAAAACCGUGGACCGCGUAAGCCGUUCAAUGAAAGAAGAGGAAAACGUGAAUUCGAUAGGCAAAGUGGAUCUGAUAAGACCCAUGGUUACAGCGGAGUCAAGCAUGUGGAUAAACGUGAUGGAUCUGGACCACACAACUGGGGUUCCAAUAAAGAUGUUAUCGAGGAAGCUGAUCCUAACAAGGUUAACAAUGAGCAAAGCGAGAAAUGGGCAGAAAAUGAUGGUGUUGCUAAUAAUGACUCCAAGGAAGAAGUUUCUGAGCCAGAAGUACCUCAACCUGAGGAACCAAAGGAACUCACAUUGGACGAAUGGAAGGCUCAACGUGCUGGACGUGCUAAACCGACCUACAAUAUCCGUAAAGCUGGUGAAGGAGAGGAUCCCUCUCAAUGGAAAAAGAUGUAUGAGUUGAAAAAGAAAGAAGAGGAGGAAGAGACCGAAGAAGAGGAAUAUGAGAUUAAUGAAUAUCCCCAACGCGUUGGUAGACAGAAGCACGUCCUAGAUAUUGAUAUUCAGUUCAACGAUAGCAGACGUCCCGGACAAGGAAGAGGAAAAGGACCCCGAGCUGGACCUAGAGGUCCAGGCAGCAAACCCAAUCCUCGUGGGGAAAGAACAGAAAGACGAUUCCGUGACGAUCAGGGCGAAGAGAAGCAAGAUGUUCGUCGGGCCCCCAAAGUGGAUGAUGAGCGGGACUUCCCUUCCCUUGGUUAGGUUUUCAACCCAGCAUGACGGGCAAGAGCUUACGCGCUUUCCCGACCUAAAAACGUUUACAGUUUUGAUGAACUUUUGAAAAAAUCAGUUAUCUUCUAAGAUUUAGAGACUACAUCAGUUUGCAGUGUAGUGCGUUCGUGCGUUUUUAAAACAACUUGUAAUUUGAUAAUAAACUUACUGAUCAUUUCAAUUUUCCAACUUGACAAAUUUGAUAGUAAGAAAGUGUUGAAAUUUCUUAUAUUUUUAAUUGUUUAUUCAGUGUAGUCUGUGAUCCCUAUAUGGGUGACGGUUACUAGUCAGUGUUAAGCUACAUUGUUAACGGUUUCUAGUGGCUGCUUUUGAAAUUUUGAUCUUGUUUAUAUACUUAACAAAUUCGAUUAUUUUGAUCAAGUUAUCGAAUUGAAUGAACAACUAACAGUUUAUUUUUUUUUUGUUUGGAUUAUUCAAUAAUCUACACUUUGCAUUAUGAUACGAACAUUGUUUUUGUAAUCUACUGGAUGUCUGUUCUGAUAUCAAUAAAUUUCAAACUGGUUCAAAAAA